AUGGCGUAUUUGUCAAUGAUCUAUGUCAUUGCCUCAUCUCUGAUGUUGCAGUGCAGAUGCCAAGGAUCACCGGAAUCGGAAGUGGUUGUGCUCGUGACGGAUGUUGGGGAUGCCGGAAAAGCAGGUUCCAUCUAUAUAUUUAAUGUCUCUCAGAUGAACCUGACACAGCUGGAGGUACCCAAUAUCAACAAGCCAUUCGCCAUAGAUUAUGAUGUAACAACAGGCCACAUCUACUGGACUGAUGUCAUGAUGUAUCAUAUUAGGAGGGCGACUAGUGCUGGCUUGGACGAUGUGGUGGUUGCCUCUUUCAAUUCGUCGUCUUUACUUGGAGGCCUGACACUAGACGGUACCUCACGGAAACUGUUCUACACUGAUGAAGGAAGUAAAAUCAUCGGCCGGAUGGACAUGGACAGUCUGGAGUCUACAGUGAUAGUAUACACACACAUGGAACAACCACGGGGGAUCGUAGCAGAUACAGCAUACAAAAACAUCUACUGGACGGACCUGGGCAAGGAGGAAAAGAUCGAGACGUGUAACUAUAGCGGUGGAAGUCGGCAGUCAGUUGUAACAUCAGGACUCUCUGUACCAAGCGGAAUAUCCAUAGAUGAGAAAGCUGGUCGACUGUUCUGGUGUGGCAAUGGUUUCAUAGACUCGGUUCUACUGGAUGGUUCUGGGAGGAGGAACGUCGUUACUGAUACACCAAUGUUAGACGUUACCGUAUUCAAUGGACUUCUCUACUACACGGCACUACAAGAAAAGAUCAUCCAUGUCGUGUCAGAGAACGGACAACACAUGGCCCCACUGACGUCGCAACUCUUUCACAAACCUAUCGGUAUUCACGUCUUCUCACCGAACACAAACAAGUCAGUGACCUGUCCGAGUGGCCAGUAUGGAACCAGGUGCGAGACGUGCGGUCACUGUGAGAAUGGGUUCUGUGAGACGACCACUGGUGUUUGUCUCAGAGGUUGUGCCCCAGGCUACAGGAUGCCCAAGUGCCGAGAAGGUUGUAACGCUGGCACAUUUGGAGUGAAGUGUCAGUCAACGUGUUUCAAUUGCAAAAGAGAAAGUACUUGCGAUCACGUGACCGGACGAUGUCCUAUUGGAUGCAUACCCGGAUGGAGGGGAGACAACUGCACUUUAGGCAUUACUUAG